AUGAACGACAGCGUUAACAACAACAACAGCAGCAGCAGCAACUUAGGUAGAACCAACUUCACUAACAAACAACUGACGGAAUUAGAGAAGGAGUUUCACUUCAACAAAUACCUAACUAGAGCCCGACGUAUUGAGAUAGCCUCGACAUUGGGACUCAACGAAACUCAAGUUAAAAUUUGGUUCCAAAACCGGCGUAUGAAACACAAAAAGAGAUUGAAAGAA